AUGGUUUGUUUGGCCAUAUUGCUAACAUUUGUGCUCGAAACUUUAUCCAAACUACCCACUUCUUCCUCUUUUUUUUCUCUCUCUUUGCUGCCUACUAGUUCUUUUUUGUUUCUCUCUCGUAAGACGAGAGUUCAAUCCGCCUCGUCACUAGGAUAUCUAAUUGCGAAAGGACAUUGUUCACUCUCUCCCCAAACUCUCAUUUCUAAUUUUCAUUCUUCUUUCUUUCUUUCUUUCUUUCUUUCUUUCUUUCUUUCUUUCUUUCUUUGCUGCCAACUGGUUCUUUUUUUCUCUCUCUCUCGUAAGACGGGAGUUCAAUCCGCCAUUCCCCAGACUCUCAUUUCUAAUUUUCAUUCGUCUUUCUUUCUUUCUUUCUUUCUUUCUUUCUUUCUUUCUUUCUUUCUUUCUUUCUUCUUUCUUUUUUCUUUCUUUCUUUCUUUCUUUUUCAUCCCUUCUUUCUUUUUCUCACCGCAUUUCUCCUUUCUUUCUUUCUUUCUUUCUUUCUUUCUUUCUUUCUUUCUUUGCUGCCAACUGGUUCUUUUUUUCUCUCUCUCUAUUUUGAGCUAUCGACUUUCUUACAUUUCCAAGUUUCGCUUUCCUUUCUAUUGUAAUCUCUCUCUCUCUCUCUCUCACUCUCUCGUUCUCUCUCUCGUUCUCUCUCUCUCUCACUCUCUCUAUUUCUUUUCUUCUUUAACUCACCCUUUCUCUCUUUCACUCAUACUUUCUCUAUAUGCUUUUUAUCUCCCGACCCCCUUUCUCUCUCUCUCUCUCACUCUCUCUCUCUCUCUCUGCUUUCUCAUCCUUUAUACAAUCUAUCAAACCCUUUCACUCACACUUUGUCUAUAUGCUUAA